AACUCUUUAUGUAAAAAAUCGCCAAAUCAGUACAACGUUCACAAGACUUUAUCACCGCUUUGUACAACUUCCUCAAUUAUUCGGAAAAAUGAAAUGCUUUCUAACCUGUACCAGACAAUAUAUGAUGAAGUACCUCAAGAAUACAUGUACUUGCAAGAAUUAAAUGCACUUCAAAAAGCCUGUAUAGUUUUUAGUAAAAUCCGAAGUGGUAAGAUUUAUGUGAAUGACCUGCCAAUGAUCCAUCACAUGUUGAAGAUUUCUUUAAGUGAUUCAGAAAUGCGAAAGGCACUAAAGACUAUUGAUAUUGACGUUAAUGGAAUACUGGAUUUUUCAGAUUUCCUUAAGGCUGUGAAUGAUGUUUGUUAUGUGGUCUCUCAGGAUCCAGCAUUCCAGGAUGCCUUGAAGAUUUUCUGUAGGAUAAAAGAUGGUCGAGUUGCAAUUGAUGAAGUGGCUGCUGUUUUGGAGAGCAUGGAUAUUCCUGUAAUCCCUGAAAUUUUUGAGGAAGUGAUAAAACAUGCUAGUGUUGAUAGUAACCAUAUGGUGGAUAUUGGUGAUAUUAUAUUUUCUUUGGAUGAACUGCAGCAACACUAUGAGGAUGUUCAAAAUGUCUGUGAAGCUAUCAAUAAACUCCAAGAAAAUUACAUUGCUGCAGAAGAACUUCAGUCCAUUUUGCCAUCAAUAGGAAUUACUUUAUCAGAUAAGGAGUUCAAGAAGAUUGUGACAGACACUGGUAGAAAUGAAAAUGGAAUGGUGAAAUUAGAUGACUUUAUAAGUGCACUCUCCAAGGAGCAAAGUCUUCCUGAAUGUGAUGUGUUAUUCAAUGUCAUUAAAGCCAUUGAUAAAAUUAAAGAUGAAAAUAUUGAUUAUGAAGAUCUGAAUACUUGUCUUCAAAAUUUUGGAGUUUACCUUUCUAAGGCAGAAUUUGAGAACAUCAUCAAGUUGACUGAAGGUCAUGAAACAAAGCAAGUGAAUUUUAAAGAAUUCAUUGAUACUAUGUUGAGGAACAAAGAACGCUUCUCCGAAAAAUUAUUAUCACCUGAUACUGUUGAAAACCCCCACGAUCUUGGUAAAGAGAAGAUGAGUGUUUCUGACCUGUGGAACACUCUGUCUCGUUUGAAUAGUAAUUUAAAAAAAGACAAAUUCCUAGCUGCACUGAAAUUAGCAACAAUUGAUGAAGAUGACAAAGUACAAAUUGAAGAAUUUGCAAAAGCAGUAAAGGAUAUGCAUGAUGCCUCUAUGUUAGAAGAGUUACAGGAGGUUGUCUUAGCUCUUGAUUUACUCGAAGGUGACAUGAUAGCUGGGAAGAACUUGGAAGGCUUUCUAAGAAAUAUUGGGAUUAAGUCACCUAAAGAAAAGGUAGAGGACAUUCUUCAAUCAGAUUUUAUUUCUGAAGACAACAUGGUAAAUGUUAAAAACUGUCUGAAGGCCUUGAGGGACACCCAGAAGUUUUCCAAUUGUAUUGGUUUUCCAGGAGGGAAGGUUAAUGUAAAUAACCUGGAUACUGUUUUAAAAGCCAUGAAAGUCAAGCUUAUGGAAAAGGAACUUGAUCUAAUAAAGAAUCCUCUGAGUGGAGAGGAAGUUGAUAUCAAUGAUGUGGAAACAGUUCUAGGAAACAUGGGGAUAGAGCUCACAGAAAAAGAACUCUCAGAACUGGUGAAUAAUCUGCCAGUUGAUAAUGGAAAGGCCUAUCAAAAAAGGUUGCUGGAUGUUAUAAAGUCUCUUAAAAGAGGAAAGAUUGAUUCCAGUAAAGUGGAUACAGUUUUGAAAAACAUGGGCGUGAACCUCACUGAAAAGGAGCUUAAAGAUCUAACACAAAACUUGCCAGUUGAUGUUAAUGGUAAGGUUGACCUGGAAAAGGUGAUGAAUGAAGUGAAACUUUUUUUAGGAAACAAAGCUGACACCAGUAAACUUGAAAGUGUUUUGGGAAACUUGGUGAUGGAGCUCACACCUAAUAAAAACUCAAACUUGCUGAAGACACUGCCAGCUAAUGCUGAUAGAGAAGUGUAUAAGAAAAGGUUGAUGAAGGGCAUAAAGUCUCUCAAACGAGGUAAUGUUUCUGUCAAUAAAGUGGAAACUCUUUUAGAAAAUAUGGGAAUCAACAUCACAGAAAAAGAAUUCAUGGAUCUAAUAGAAAGACUGCCAGAUGAUGAUGAAGGGAAGGUCAAACUAAGCAAGAAGAUUGAUACUAGUCAUCUGGAAAUUCUUCUGGAAAAUAUGGGAAUAAAGUUCACAGAAGAUAAAGGCACAGAACUACUGACCAAUCUUCCAGUUGAUGCCCAAGGAAGGGUGUAUAUGAACAGGCUGAUGAAAGAAUUAAGGUCUCUUGAAGGAGGAAAGUUUAGUGUCAAUGACCUAAGAGAUACUCCACAAAACGCUGGGUUUAGACUGGAAGCAAAUGAAAUCCAGGACCUGCAGACCCACCUACCAGUUACUGGGAAAAGAGUCAGUGUCAGCAACCUGGACGCCCUUAUGAAGAGCAUGGGACUCCAGUUUGAGAAAGAGGACUGUGAGGACUUACUGCACCACCUGUCGGUUGACAAAGAGAAGGCUGAUGUCAGUAAUCUGGACAAUGUGCUGAGGAAAAUUGGGCUCGUACUCACCGAUGAGGAGAAGGAGCUGCUGAAAACUCUGCCAAUUCACGACAGAGUUACUGACAACAUGGCAGUUUCUGACAGUAAGUUGAAACUUAAGCUGAAUCCUCUAACAAAGGUACCCAGCUCCCAUGGCAAGAGGGGUAAAGAUUUACCAGGAUCUCUCCCAUGCCAGUUAUGGCACAAAGAAAGGAAGUUGAGUGCUUCUCAAAUGCAAGCUUUCCACGAUGCCUACAACUUCUUUAACAAGGAUAAAACUGGCUCUAUUGAUUUACAUGGAAUGAUGUGCACAUUAGCUAAGUUGGGAAUGAAUCUUACCAAGCACGAUGUCUAUAAUGAAUUAAAAUGUGCUGAUGUUGAUCGAGAUGGAAAGGUGAAUUUCUCUGAUUUUAUAACGGUGCUGACAGAUAAGAACCUCUUUCUUAAGGCUGUGGUUCCAGAAAAGAAGAUCUGUUUAGAUUUAGCUGACAACCCAGGGAUUCUAUUGUUUGAAAUCCUAUCAAAGCUUGUAGAGACUUCAGCCUUACCCAAAAAGGCAAUAAUGGAAAUCGUAAGCUAUUUCCGAAGAAAAUUCCAGGAAAGCACCUCAGGAAUAUUGAGGAGUCCUUAUGCUCUGGGUUAUGGAAAAAGGAGAUUUAGCAGGCCAGACAUAUGCACACCCCUGAGCUCAAGCAUGGAUGCCUUUGCUAAUGCUGCCCGGAUUGCGAUGACAAGAGAAAAGGAUUUAUUUAAAUUUCUUGAAGAACUCAAGAGAUGCAAUCCUCCUUCAGAAAACCCAUAUUCAAAAAUACCCAUCUUUCCAUUGUUUCCUAAUGUGGAUGGGGUGGUGACGGGAAAGCCGUUCAAAGACAUGCAGAAAUUAGAAAUGCUAAGGAGAAAGGAGCCGCUGAAUUUCUUUGAGAACUAUUUUUUCCAAAAAAGAAAUUGGAAAACACAGGCAGCAAAUAUAAGGCCUGUUGACCUUGCCUCAGGCUAUCCAACUGACAUCCUCGCCAUUGACCAAAUACUCAAGAAAAAGCAGACUUGGACAGUGACUGAUGCAGCUGUUAUUAAACAGCAUGUGAAGAGAGCUACAGAUACCUGUAACUUAGGAAUUGCCCUAGAGCACCGGAAAGAAAUGCUCAACCUCUGGCGGAAGAUCCGAGGGGAUUUGAUCGGAAUAGACACUAAAAAUGAGUCUUUUUAUGACACCUUUUCUACUUAUACAUGGUCUUGGAAUGUUUGCCAAGAAUUACUUUCUCCGAAGGACUUAAGGUUACAUGAUGCCUAUGUGAAUAGAAAUUCCUUUCACAACUCUGCAUUCUCUUCCUAUUCAGAUGUCAAUGAAUGUGACACAGAGACAGGAAGAAAAAGAAAACGGAAAGGUCUCAAAGGGUUUCGACAAUGAAAUUUCUACAUUUUCUAAGCAGCUCAUUGCAAACUACUUUUUCACAGAUAUGAAAAUUAUGGUUUCUUGCUUUUUGUCUAGUACAUUCUUAGCAGCUGGAAACGUUGACAUCUUUUGAAUUCUGACCAGUAAAAACGUUUAAGUCAUAAUAUGGUUUCCCUUUCCUGAUUCUUUCUAGUAAAUCAAUGCUCUUCUGUUAUUUCUGUAGCAAUUGGCUGCACUAUGCU